GACUAUUAAGAAUUAUAGCCAAUUUGCUUUAUCAAAGAAGAUAUCAAUCAACUUUCAUGGGAAAAUUGGGAAUUCCUUUCCUCAAAGGAUUUUCAAAGUUCAUGUUUUAUUGGUGGUACUGUUCCUCCAUUGAUCAAGAAUUUCAAUUUUUGGAAAGUGUCAUGAUUAAGGAGCAGGUUGGUAUCUUGCCAUCAUCAUAGUGGUUGAUCGUUUCUUUUCUAAGUUCAACACUCUGAUUUUCUGUGUUGCUUCAAUUGAGUGUUUACUGCACUAAUUUCAGUUGUUGGAAUUAAUCAAUAGGUAGUUAUAAAAGGCACGAGGAAGCAAAGAAAAAUUUAUUGGUAGUGGUUCUACAUGAGAUUCUGGAGCUGUCAUACAGGUUUGGAGAGCAGACGAAAGCCCCGAUCUCUGUUUAGACAACAGCAUUCAAUCAUUCCUUCUCCAAACGCUGCGUUUUAAUCUGUCUCUUAGCACAAGGCCUCUUCUUUCCAGCAGUCACAAGGCCUGUCUUGGAAUCGUUUGAAACAUCAAAGCAAGUUCCUCAACCUGCCCCAAGUGAUGAUUUCAAGAUUGAGAUCACUUAGAGCACUACAACAACAGAUGGAAGUUCAGAAGUGUCUCUAAGCUUGCAAGCAAAGAAAGAGAGAAUGCUUUUGCUGAGAACAAAGAGAUCCAACCAACCAUAUCAAAUCCCUCAAAAGCUCACAUUAUUUCUCAACAUUGCUUUUAAAUCAUCUGGCCAAUCUCAUCCAUCUUUAGAAAUCAAAAGUGAAAUUGAUAGAGUUACUAGAAUCAUUAACGACCAUCCAUUUCCAGAUCACCCGCUCCAUUCCACCCUCAUUCAGCAUGUUCCUAAGCAUCUCCUUUCCAACACCUUUGUGGAGAAUGUUCUUGGUCGCCUCUUUGCAGCCCAUUCCAAUGGUUUUAAAGCCUUUGAAUUCUUCAAAUUCUCGCUCCAACAUUCUGAGUUCUGUCCAAGUUCAGAUGCUUUUGAAAAGACACUCCACAUUCUUACACGAAUGCGCUAUUUUGAUAAAGCUUGGGAGUUGAUGGAAGAAAUUCAACAAACACACCCUUCCUUGCUCACCCUUAAAUCGAUGAGCAUCAUGCUGUCAAGGAUUGCAAAAUUCCAAUCUUAUGAAGAUACCCUUGAAGCAUUUGGGAGGAUGGAGAAGAACGUAUUCUUUGGGAGGGAGUUUGGUGCCAAUGAGUUCAAUGUACUCCUGCGAGCAUUUUGCACGCAGAGACAAAUGAAGGAGGCUCGAUCUGUGUUUCACAAGAUGCAUUCUCGAUUUUCUCCCAACACCAAAACCAUGAAUAUCUUACUAUUGGGGUUCAAGGAAUCUGGUGAUGUCACUGCAGUGGAACUAUUCUACCAUGAGAUGAUUCGAAGAGGUUUCAAGCCAAAUUCAGUGACCUAUAAUAUCAGAAUUGAUGCAUACUGCAAGAAAGGUUGUUUUGGUGAUGGUUUGAGGCUUCUUGAAGAGAUGGAAAAGGCUAAUUGCCCUCCAACAUUAGAAACAAUUACUACUUUGAUUCAUGGAGCAGGGGUAGCUCAAAACAUAUCAAGGGCACGAGAACUAUUCAAUGAGAUAUCUAUCAGAAAUUUACAGCCUGAUAUUGGUGUUUAUAACGCUUUCAUGAGUUCACUCAUCAGAUCAAGAGAGGUGCAGUCUGCACUUAUGUUGAUGGAUGAGAUGGAAGAAGAGGGUAUUGGGCAUGAUAGCAUGACCUAUCACACCAUGUUUCGUGGGUUGAUGAGAUCAAAUGGCAUUGAGGGUGUUUCUGAGCUCUAUCACAAGAUGAUCAGGCGAAACUUUGUGCCAAAGACAAGAACAAUAGUGAUGCUAAUGAAAUGGUUCUGUCAAAAUCAGCAGCUCGACUUGAGUUUAGAUUUGUGGGGGUACCUGAUAGAUAGAGGAUACUGCCCCCACGGCCAUGCACUAGAUCUUCUGGUAACAGGGCUAUGCUCCCAUGGAAAAGUGAAAGAGGCCGUAGAAUGUGCAAAACAGACGUUGGAGAGAGGAAGGCCGAUGAGCGAAGGGGUGUUUCGGAUGCUGGAGAGGUACUUGGUAGAGGCAGGGGAGGGUGAGAUGCUAUGGAAGCUUGACCAGAUGAUAAAGAAAUUACAUACAGUUUUGCCUCCAUCAAGAGGGCAUGCCAUUGGUCUUGCUACUCAAACUUGGUAACUUAAUUUGCUUUAUAUAAAUGGGGUUGUAUUCAUGGUGAUCUGUUCUAAUAUAUUUAUGAUUCUUGUUUCUCAUCUGUUUCUUGAGGCAUCUGAUUACAGAGGGAAGGAUAUACAGAUCUCAAAUGAAUUAUGAAUUCUUUUCA